AAACCGAGAAAGCCCAGUGCAAAGCAGCUGAGGAGACGAGGAAGAGGCGCUAGAGCCACGACAUGGACCAAUUCGACUUGAGCCGGGGAUUUCUGCAGCACCUGGAGAGCCUGGGUGGUGUGCGACUGCUGCAGAGCUCGCCGGACCAGGAGAACGACGAGUGCUGCCGGCCGCGGAGGUCUCGCAAGCGGGGCAGCAGCGCGCAGCACCGCUGCGGUGUGGCCCAGCAGGCCGCCCAUCAGCGGCAGGCGGCCAAUAUGCGCGAGCGCCGUCGAAUGCAGUCCAUCAACGACGCGUUCGACGGGCUCCGGGCGCACAUUCCGACGCUGCCGUACGAGAAGCGCCUCUCCAAGGUCGACACGCUGCGACUUGCCAUCGGCUACAUCGGCUUUCUCACAGAGCUCGUCGAUUCGGGACGUCACCCAGCGGACACGCUGCAGCAGCAGCUGCAGGAGCAGCAGGCCAAAAAGGUCAUCGUGCAGUGCAACAAAGGCCUGAUGAAUGGAUCUUACCUUCCGCUGGCUGGACACUCGUUGUCCUGGUCUUCGGAAAAGCAGGGUCCCACUGGCAACGUCAUGGUAGCCAAAGUAUGGACACCCGAAGACCCCCGUAAAGUGCAGCAAAGGAACAGGAACGACAACGAGCCAUGAAGUUCUCGCCGCUUUACACCCCGCUUUGCUUAAUUUUUCGUUUGUCCAACGCGCAUCUCGAACCUCAAGAACUAGUGACUUCAGAUAAUGGCUCCAUCUUCUUUACUACUGAUAAAAAGUAUUUCCGCAUGCAUUGCACCAUUCCAUAGGUUUUGUUGCUGAAAAAACUUGUAACGCAAGCUGUAGUUCAGAGGCUUGAUUUCUGUGUGUUUAUACAGGGAGCCGCUUAUAUAUGUCGAAAUGCGCGGGGAACGAUGAUAUCGUCUGACCUGCGGUAGUU